GUGCUGGGACUAAAGGCAUGUGGCACCGCACCCAAGCCAAAAUAACUUUUAUUGAUUUUUUUUAAUUAAGUGUAUUUAUUUUGUGUGUUAUGUAUAUAGACAUGUAUGGCACAAUACACCAAAGUUUCUCUGCAGAGGUCAGAGGGCAAGCUCUGGAGUUGGUUCCUUCCUUCCACCAUGUGAGUUGGGGGUGGGCAUCAGCUCAAGCAGAGAGGCUUUGUCAAGGUGCCUUCACCCACUGAGCCGUAGAACCUGCCCUGAACUCUCUUUUUGAAACGUUUUGUAUUGCCAUAUAGUAAUUAUAUAUGAUAUUGGGUUUCAUUACAUUUUCAUACUUUAAAAAUAUUAAAGAGCUGUGGGGUUGGAGAGAUGGUUCAGUGGGUAAAAGCUCUUGUCUUGGAAGCAUGAGGACAUGAGUUUGAAUCCCCAGAACCUACAUUAAACCAUAUGCAUAGUAAGAAUGUCUGUAGUCCCAGUAUUCCUAUGGGGAGAUGGGAGCUAGAGAUGGGAGAACCCCCAGAAGCUCAUAGGCCAGCUAGCAUGGCAUACAUAGCAGAAAACAACAAAGAUGCCCAGUCUCACACAAGGAGGGAAGCAGGAACUGAAACUUGAGGUUGUCCUCUGACCUCCAGAUGUGCACUGUGGCAUGUAUGCACCCACACUCACAUGGGCAUUCCUACACACAAAUUCCCCAAACGUUAGAAAGUUGUGUGGGAGAAAGGACUUCUAGGGCACUUACUGGGUAUGGAACCCAGGGCCAUGUAUGGCUCAGAUUGUCGCGGCGGGGUGUGUGAUGGAUCCUUGGAAAGAAGACUCAGAGGCACCUUAAGAAUGAAUCUAGUCUUUCUUGGCUGCAAGGGGGUCCUGCCUGGAAGGACUUUCCCUUCGCCCAGGGCAUUUUUAUUUUCUCUCUAUUUACAGUUUAGCCAGUUAAUUUUCAUAUGCUCAAAGCAACCUGAAAGGAGCUAAAAUGCCAAAUGCAAAUUCCUUGAUUUCUCAGGUACCAUGGUUUUCCCCGGUUUCCUGAACCAAGUUUUGCGUAGGCCUUUGAUCCUUGGGAGACUCUUAGACAAGAUUCACAUAGGGUGAUAAGAGAAACAAAAGGAUGGAUUAGGGCUAGGUGCUACUCUCUGGAGCGCAGGCCAGAGUAGCUCAGCAGGAAUGCAGCCACACACACAUUUGCUAGGAAAGCACUUAGCACUGAGCUAAGAGCUGCAGGUUUCAGCCAUAAUGGCUAUUGUUCCCACGCUUACUAGGAAAAAGCAUUUAAAAUCUGUUUUGUCAAAUCUAGUUAUGCAUAGUGGGUUAGACCCUGAGAGACAAACACAAAACUUAGGGCUGAUGGGGAAAGGUAUGUGGUCCACAGCAGAGCUAGGAAACAUUUCUGUCAUAUUGAUAUAGAUUUGGUCUUUGGAUGGAAAAAGAGAAGAGGUGUGGGUGGUGUGUUUUCGGUCGGGGCUUGAGGGAAGCUGCUCAUUUCCCUCUGCCUACGAAUCUCCUACAAGAGUUUGCAGUAUUGGAAGGAAAAUGAGAAUGUAACUGGUCCCCGGCCCCACUUGAAGAACAGGCAUGAAUGGCCAGGAGUAUGGCAUUCAUGGAAGCAGAGACAGGGUGGGUUUUUGAGGCAUGUGACCUUAGGUCAGAAAGCAGGCAGAUUGAUUCCUGGCCCUGGUAUUGUCCUUCAGCUCUUUCCUCUUCAAAAGUCCCUUCCUUUCCUGACAAGGACAGCCUGGGGCAUGAGAUGUUGGCUGCUGCACUUCUGAAGGCCAAGUCCCAGGAGUUGGUAACAUUUGAGGAUGUAGCUGUGUACUUCAUCUGGAAAGAGUGGAAGCGUCUGGAACCUGCACAGAGGGACCUCUACAGGGAUGUGAUGCUGGAGAACUAUGGGAAUGUGUUCUCACUGGAUGGUGAGUCCAAAACUAGAAAUGACCAAGUACUCUCUGAAGGCAUGGGGUCACGUGAGAUGAUACUGGGACGACUGCAAACGGAUGUUUCUCAGGGUCUUAAGUGUGAAGAAGCCUAUGAGCAAGAAGUCAGUCUGAAGAGACAGCUAGGGAACUCCUCUGUUGGAAGACUGAAUAGGAAAAUACAGGAGUUUCACCAAAUGACAGUUGAGGAAAAGCUCACCCAUAUGGGACAAAGAAAUGAGAAGUAUAAUGAAUUUGGGAACAGUUUCACCAUGAAUUCCAAACUUAUUUCACAUCAGAGAUUUCCCAUGGGAGACAGACCCCAUAAGUGUGAUGAAUGUAGCAAGAGUUUUAAUCGAACUUCAGACCUUAUUCAACAUCAGAGAAUUCACACUGGGGAAAAACCAUACGAAUGUAGUGAAUGUGGAAAGGCCUUCAGCCAGAGCGCACAUCUUAUUCAGCACCAGAGAAUCCACACUGGAGAGAAGCCCUAUGAAUGUAAGGAUUGUGGGAAGACCUUCAGUUGUAGCUCUGCUCUCAUCCUACACCAGAGAAUCCACACUGGGGAGAAACCUUAUGAAUGUAACGAAUGUGGAAAAACAUUUAGCUGGAGCUCCACUCUGACUCACCAUCAGAGAAUCCACACUGGCGAGAAGCCCUAUGCUUGCAACGAAUGUGGGAAGGCUUUCAGUAGGAGCUCCACCCUUAUUCAUCAUCAGAGAAUCCACACUGGAGAGAAACCCUAUGAAUGUAAUGAGUGUGGGAAAGCCUUCAGCCAGAGCUCACACCUCUACCAGCACCAGAGAAUCCACACUGGAGAGAAGCCCUAUGAAUGUAUGGAAUGUGGAGGGAAGUUUACCUACAGUUCAGGCCUUAUUCAGCAUCAAAGAAUCCACACAGGGGAAAAUCCCUAUGAAUGUAGUGAGUGUGGGAAAGCCUUCAGGUAUAGCUCAGCUCUUGUUCGCCAUCAGAGGAUUCACACUGGAGAGAAGCCUUUGAAUGUAAUGGGUGUAAGCAGAAAUUCUGGAGUUUCUGCUGAAUUAAACAUCAGAGAAUCCACAUGAGAGAGCCAUAUGCCAUUUUCCCCACUCCCUGAGUCUAAAGAGCUCUUGCCUUACUUUAUAAAUAGGGCCAAUUUAGAAUGUGUCCCACCUCCAACCUUUCACUCAGAGAGUGGGGCAGAUUGGGAAAAACAUCCUGGCACAGUGAUCAGCAGGAUUUCCCAGGAAUGGAUACCAGUCUUGAAAAAUUGUGAGGCAAGUAGGAAAUUAAGCACUGGGAAAAGAAGGAAGCUUGGGGACCAGUCACCCCUUUUUGGGAAGGGGUUUGCACUAAACCAAUUUUCUCACACCAGAAGAGCCUUUCUUUCCAAGGUGGGGAUGGAAGCUUCUUAGCAACAAAAUUCCAAGGGUUCCACUAGUUAGAGUCAGUCUGGUAAGCACAACAGGCAGAGGGAAGAAUAUUCUGGGUCAUCAUAAGUUCUGGGAAGGGAAACAAGCUGUAUUUCUUUCUUUCUUUUUUGAGACAGGUCUCACUAUGUAGCCCUGGCUGUUGUUGAACUCACUGUGUAGACCAGGCAGGCCUUGAACUCAGAGAGACCUACAUGCUUUUGCCUCCUAAGUGCUGGGAUUAAAGGCAUAUUCAACCAUGCCAGGCCCCCAGAGGCUGCAUUUCAAAGCCAUUCUUAAUCCAGCUUUAAGAUUGGACAAGGAAUAUGCUGUUUUGGCAUAUGAAUCAUGAAUUCAGGAAACUUGGUGCUGAUGGGUUCAUUUUAUUGGGCGGGGUACCCCCAUCAAGGGUUUCUGUAGUGACUAUCCUCGGAGCUCUUGGAGCAGUGAUAACAUGUUUUCAAGAGUAGUCUGGCAAUACUGUAGGCAGACCCCACAUCCUCCCUUGUAACAGGACUGACUGGAAAUCUCAUUGGAGCAGUAAAUAACCUGAGGUAGAUAAGAAGCAUUUACUACUGGCCUGACUCCUGUCCUCUCUUCUUCCUGUUCCUGUGGUAAAAGGUAAUGUGAUAUCAACCUCUAGUUAUUAAGGAUGCUGUCAGGGAACUCACCUACCCAGCUUGUCCUACCCUCACCUCUAACAUCUGGCCCCAGCAGCUGGACCUCUCUGGAGUACAUCUGACUUCAGCUACUUCGGAGUACAUAAACAGUAAAGCCAGACAGGCACUGAGGCCCAAGCUUGGCAGCUGGGCUCCUUGCUGGGUACGAGUGGUGCUCCAACCAACAGAUGACUUUCCAUAUUUCUCCAACCCUGCUCAUCCUGUAGCUUAAAUGAAAUGCACUGUUAAACAGCAUAGUUUUUUCAGAAGGGGAGAUGUAGUGUGCAUUUGUGUAGGAAUCAAAGUUUUGUCAGUUAAAACAGCACAGUAACUAUAAAUGGAAUCCAAAAGUAUACUCUGAAAUUUGUCUUUGAUAACCAUUUUUGGGUCACAAAUGUGAGGUUUUCCUGUCCCACACAGCCCUCAAACUCUUGCAGACAUUACUGCAGACUAUAAACAUGUGCAGCUACUCCCACCUUCACACCAAAUUAGAAUUUUA